CAAGGAUAAUGUUUUUUUAUGCCGCCAUAUUGUCUACUUUUCGUGUUGGUUGAACGGAUUGAGAAUUUGCGGAUUACGAUUUGAAAUAAUUUAAUUUUAUCAUCCACGUUGAAUUAAUUUUCUAAUUGUAUUACCUAAAAAUACUUAUUUGCGAUGGAUUCCCUAGUUGGCUAUGGCAGUGAUGAUGAAAAUGAAAAUGAACGCGGAGGUCGCCAUUCUUCGGUCGCGGGGAGCGCGGGGCGCCGCCGCGAUGACGACACCAACUAUGACGACGUCAACAUGGACAUGAGCGAGGACUCGCAGGCGGAGUCGGAGCCCGAGCUGCCGCCGGCGGAGCCCGCGCCCGAACGCCACUCGCAGGCCCGGGACGACAGGCGCGGCUCAGAUGACAGCCGCGACCGCGACCGCAACCGUGACCGCGAAAGCGACCGCCGCCGCCGCGAGUCGCCGCGGCGGGACGGGCGCCCCGACCGCCGGGACGAGCGGCCCGACAGGUGCGAUUUGUCUCCUCAGGCUGACAGUCGUGACCGCAGGCCCGACCGCGACCGCAGGCCUGACCGCAAGGAGCGGAGCGAGUCGCGUAAAGACAAGGAGCGUGAGAGACGCUCGCCGCGUAAAGAGAGAUGCGACAAGAACGGCCCUCGCAGUGGGCGGCGCGGGUUGUUAGGCGAGCGGCCGCCGGCGCUGAUGGAGCUGCGGCCCUUCGGCGGCGAGCCACCGCCGGCGGAGCGCCGGCCCCACGACGCGAGGGACGCAGCCUCGCCCAGGUUCGUUGACCGCGACCGCCGCGACAGGGACCGCGAGCGAGACAGAGACAGGCACGGCCGCCGCUCCGAGGAGUCGCGGUCCCACAGGCAUCCUGACAGACGCGAGCGGUCCCGGUCUAGAGAGCGCUCCCGGGGCGCCGCCUUUCCGCCACCAUCUACCUCCAGCAGUGGGGAGAGGCGAGGUUCCCCGCCGUCUGGCGAUUACCGCCCGUCAUCGUACAAAGUCAACAAGAAAUUAGAAGUUAUGGAAAAAAUGGGGCUCCAGAUCAAGACGCCGGACGGGUCGAUGGCGACGGCGCAGCAGCUACGAGCGGCCGCGGGCGACGCGCCGGCCUCCUCGCUGCCCUCCUACUACAACCCGGGCGCCGCCAACACCUCCAAGAUCCUCGACCAGGUGCAGAAGCGCAAGCUGUUAUGGGGCGCCAAAGCGAAGGCCGAGGCGGCGGCGCCGGCGGGCCAGUGGACGGGCGCGCGCUUCGCCCAGGACAGCGACGGGCGCCAGGCCUCCAAGUUUAUGCGGCUUAUGGGCAUACGCGACCCCGAGGCAGUCAAAGCAGAGAAGCCACCUCCAUCAGCGGACCCCAUCAAGAAACAAGAGGAGCUGUUCCAAGCCAUGCAAGCUCAGUACGAGGUCGCCCGAGCCACUACGCACACCAUGCGAGGCGUGGGCCUCGGCUUCUCGCGGUCCCAAUACUAGCGAACUGCGAAUGUGUGACGGACAAGACAGUUGUGUUCUAAAUAUUAGAAAAAAAAACUAUUUAUAUUUAUAAAGAGUGAACUAUCAAAUCAUAGUUAAAAGGGUCACUGGUCUCUUAAAAUUGUCUUAUGGCCUUCGCUAAACCUCGCAUGGGCCACGGGCACUUGCUCCGUGCACCCACGCAAGUUUAGCGUAGGCCCUUAGUCGCCCUAAGAUAUUUUUAAGACCUGGAAUUUAUACUAUCAACUAAAGUACAAUGUACUUAGAGAUGGGUAAGUGCUAAUAAUCCGAUUAAUAGCAAUUGGCUAGUAACGGAUUAAAAGCAGUUAUUAGCCAUUAAUAGCCAAUAAUAGCCGAUUUCAGAUGGUAACCCUGCUAUUAAUGUUAUACUAAUGAUUAAACAUAUCCCUUCAUAGUUUACAAAUUUAGCACUUGAAAUUUGGAAGGGACGUUGCUUAGGUACCGUAGAGGUGCAUUAAGAAAGGAAUACCCGAAAUUCCAACGGGCACGGGAAUUAGCUGGAAAAUCCUUUUGUAUGAAAAAUCUAAACCGCUUAAGUUAGACGCUUGAAAUUUGGUAUGCAGGUACCUUAGUAAACUUAAAGCUUAGUUACAAGAGGAUAUUGCAAAAUUCCCACGGAAACGGGAGUUAGCGGGAAAAAAACAUUUGUAUGAAAAAAUCUAAACCACGUAAGAUAGACGCUUGAAAUUUGGCAUGCAGGUACCUUAGUAAAGUCAAAGCUAAGUUACAAGAGGAUAUUGCAAAAUUCCCAUGGGAACGGGAGUUAGCGGGAAAAAACACUUGUAUAAAAAAAUCUAAACCACGUAAGAUAGACGCUUGAAAUUUGGCAUGCAGGUACCUUAGUAAACUCAAAGCUUAGUUACAAGAGGAUUUUGCAAAAUUCCCACGGGAACGGGAGUUAGCGGGAAAAAACAUUUGUAUGAAAAAAUCUAAACCGCUUAAGAUAGAUGUAGGGGCUAAAACGGGAUCCACGCGUACGAAAUCGCGGGCGGCCGCUAGUCUAAAUAUAUAAAAGGAGAAACUGACUGACUUAGUGACAUAUCAACGCACAGCCUAAACGGCUAAACAUAUGCACUUGAAAUUUGGAAGGGACGUAGCUUAGGUACCGUAGAGGUGCACUAAGAAAGGAAUUCCCGAAAUUCCUGCGGGAAUGGGAAUUAGCGGGAAAAUCCUUUGGU